AGCCAACGGCUGGAUGGUCCCUUUCCCUAUUUUUGCAAAACGCCUUAUUGUUGCUGACCGUACCACAUACCCCCUCACAUCUCCAUUUCGCUCUCCAUCUGCCUGAAUACCAGCUAGCUCUUUCUCUCUCUUCCAAAAACUUCCACCGCAAUUACUUGGGUGUAUUCUUGAAUUUCUACUUGUGAUAAAAAAUGGCAGGAAGAGUUGCUGCAAGAUACGUAUCUAGGAGGUUUUCAAGUGGCGGCAAGGUGCUUGGUGAGGAGGAAAAGGCUGCAGAGACAGUCUACAUCAAGAAAAUGGAGAAGGAGAAGCUGGAAAAGCUUGCUCGUCAGGGUCCUAAACAAGCAGAGACACAAGCACCGAACUCAGGGGCUCCAGCAACUGAAGCAGUUAAGCCAAGUGGUCCAGAACCUUCAGCUCCCAAGACAUCAACUGACAAACACCGGAACUAUGCUGUCAUAGCUGGACUAGUCACUGCUUUGGGUGCCGCCGGGUGGUACUACAAAUCUGGUUCGAAGAAGACUGAAGAAGUCCAUGACUGAAAAGCUUCAUGAAUGUUAUGGUUUCUUAUUCAAGGGUAGUGCUUAGACACAUCUGAUAAAUAACAGUGGGGUUUUUGUUAGGCAUUCCCUUGUUUACACAUGCAGUGAAAAGCGGGUGAUAUACAUUAUACUGUUGAAUGGAAAUAGGUUGAUUGGCAAAAAGAUCAUCUAUUGUUUUGUUAAUAUGACAUGUUUUUUCUAAGCCAA